UUACAGACACGUGAUGCAACAUGCCGCAAUGCGUUCUGGAAGAGGCGAUUAAGGUCUAACGGGAAAUGACAAAUAGAAAGUUUAUAAAAGGACCUCUAAAUUGAUUCAGACAAAAUCGUUAAUAUCUAGUUUACACGCUAGACACGAGGGGGAGCUUUAAUCAUCAAAACAAAACUCAUCCGGGUCGCCAUCCGCUCGUCAGUUGUUAGUGAAUAACGGUCUAUGGAAUCAGAGUUGUGCGAGAAGUGAAAGCGAAAAAAAAAAGGAGGAAAAAAUUUAGGUGGCUAACCAAUGAUGCCUACUUUACGUGAGAAGGUGCAGGAAUUUCUUAAACAUUUAUCUUCUAAUCAAGAUGGCAAAUGCGACAAGUCUCCUUGCACGUCGCCUACAGGUCAAGGGUCGUUCAUUCAUAAAUAUUUAUGCGGAGAAGUUAAAAAGAAUCAUCCUGACAUUUUAUUUGGAAAAUCCUGUUAUGAUUUACCCAUUCAAGAAAUAAGUGUGCUAUCUAAAAAAGUUCUUUCUGCUUACACAGGACCUGUGGGUGGUCUUACACAAGUUAAUAAAAAACAGAGAGCAUUUGAUUCAUCUGAACCUGAUGUAGAUUUUAUAGAUGAAGAUUAUGUUGCAAGCUGUGACAAUAUACCAAACUUAAUUACAGAUGAUGAUAAAUUAUCACAGAAGAUUGGAACACCCAAAAAAAGUAAUGAGAGUAAGAGUAAUUCUGAAAUAUCAGUAAAUGGUGAUUGCUUACCAUCUCAGACAAGUGAAGAAAAGAAUUAUUUUCCUGAUGAUAAUGAAGAAAUUGCUGGCAUAAAAAAUUGGAACCGACCUUCUGAUUAUGCGUAUGGUAUUGCUACAACUCUGUAUGAAUGCCAUCCUGUUACAAGAGAAAAUGCAGGUGAUCCUAUUGCAGAUUCAUUUGCUGUUUGUAUGAGAGAAAAUAGUGCCAUAUUAGCUUUAGCAGAUGGUGUCAACUGGGGUGAAAAGUCUUGUUUAGCUGCUAGAUGUGCUGUUCAUGGUUGCAUGGAUUAUCUCAAUAAGGCUUUAUAUCGUGAAGGUGGAACUAUUGAAACUACAUUGGAUAUAUUUGUAUGUUUAUUGAGGUCAUUUCAUGCAGCGCACAAUUUAAUACUUCAAGAAAAUGGAAUGCUGACUACACUUUGUGCAGCUGUUGUAUGCCAAUUGAAAAAUUCAGAUAAAUAUAUUGUGUGCACAUGCAAUGUAGGAGAUAGUCUUGCAUAUGUUUACAGUCAAAAAUAUGGAGUAAGAGAAAUUACACAAGGAUCCCAUGAUAUCUAUUCCAUGAGAGAUAUGAGAGAUGCUCUUGGAGCUCUUGGUCCUGUAGAUGGUCAAAAUCCUGAACUUAAUAAUUUAACUGUAUCUAUGACAUUGGUUGAUGUUGGAGAUAUUGUUUUCUUAACUAGUGAUGGAAUUUCAGAUAAUUUUGAUCCAGUAGUAGGAAAAUUUGCAAUUCCACGAAAACUUGAGAAAACAUCAAAAUCGGAAGUCUCAGAAGAGAAUGGAAAGAGAUCUUCACGUUUGCAUAGGUUGAAUAGUCAGAAUGACAAAGAUUGCAUUUCGUUUGAUCCUUCUCUUCCUUUAGUAGAAGCACAUCAGCGCCAUGAACUCACCCUUCUAAGAAUGGAAGAUUUGUUGACAAAUGGUGUAAAUGAAGGUGAUGAUCCAGCACAAAAUGCAAGACAAGUAUGUGAACAAAUGAUUGAUUUUGCAGUGAAAUUAACUGUUGCUAAGAGAAGAAUACUUGAAGAUCCAGAACUUUACAGUGAAGGAGAUUUAGCUAUUAGCCUAGCAGAACAAAGGCUAAGGAGAAGAAAAGCUGGAGAAAAGUUAGCAAUGGUGCCAGGGAAGCUUGAUCAUGCUUCAGUGGUAGCUUAUAUGAUUUCUAGUUAGUUCUUAUAAUUUCAGAAAUCUAAAAUCUACCUUUAGAUAUUAGAUUCAUGUAAUUAAAAACUUAAUUGCAACUCUUUAUUCAAUAUUAAUCAUACAUUCUGUAGAUAUUAAAAUAUGCUUAUUGUUUUUAGAAGUAGAUGUUACGUUUCUUCAUAUCAUAUAAAAGAAAUUUAUUUAACAUCUUUAACUGUAUAUUUAUCACAAUUUCAUAUAAAUGAAAAAUUGUUGUUUUUAUUUGAGAAUCUAUUUACAUUUGUAUUAUAUUUAUUGACUUUUUUAAGUUUGCUUUUAACAUUAACCUACUUAUGAGAAAAUAAGUGAAAACUGUUUAUAUUUAUUCAUUUAUUAAUUUAUAAAUUAAAAUGGAUAAAUUUAUUAAUUAAUUUCAUUUUAAAGUCAAACGUUUUUGUUUCCAUAUGUAAGCCUAAUUCUUUUGAUUAUUUCUUAAUUAAGUUAAUUUUAUUCAUUAAUUAUCAGAAUUUGAUCUGAAGCUAGGGCAGUGUUCCACCAUCUUAUAUAAAAGUUUAAUUAAUAAUUAAUUUGAAAUAAAUUUCUAAUUAAAUUAGAAAGUUCUAGAAAAAUUGAUCUAGAAUGGAAUUAGAACCUGUACCACCUUCUUACCAGGCAACAGGUUAUUAGUUAAGCUACUUAAAAGUAUAGAUGAAGUGGUAAUGUGCCUUUUAGGCCAAAUUCUGAUAAUCAAUUUGUUCAAUUAGCCUUAAAACAAUCUGGUGUUUUUAGACUUACAUUCAGCAAUAGAUUCAGGCUUUUGGUUUAUUUUUAUGAUUUUUGUAAAUUUUUUCAUAACAUUAUUUUUCAUCAGUUCUUUUUAAAGUUGAACUACCUCCUACAAUAAUGAUUUCAAAAUAUAUUUGAUAAUUAUUUUUUCCUUAUAUUUUGUAAAUAGUUUUUGUAGAGAAUAUUUCAAUAAUUGUAUUUUCUGUUUUAUUAACUUUUUUAUAUAUAAAUAUAUUUCAAAAUAUAUUUAUUACUUCUAACUUUAAAAAAAAAAUAGUCUAGAAUGUGAUUUAUUAGAAAGGUCUUCCAAUGAAUAUUGGAUGGAUUCAUAGAGUAGUAAUUAUUAGCAGAAAUGAAAAAUAAAACAUUUAGUGUAAAUAUAAAAUGAUAAAAAGUAUUUUGAAUUGUUGGCAUAGCGCAAAAGAUUUAGAGUAUUUUCACUAUUUUUUAGAAUAAACUGUCUGGAAAAGGUGCAAUGAUAUUAGGAAAUAGUUGAAUCAAGCAUCUUAUAUGUGAAUGUCAAAGAUACUUUGAGGGUAACAUCUUCCAGAUGAUGUAAUUUAUUUUAAAAAAUGCAAUUAGAGAAGUUUACUAAUUAAAAAUAUCUAAUGAUUACUUUUAAAUGUAAUGAUGAAGUAAAUAUAUCCUUUAUUCAUAAUUAAGCCAGUGAUCAAAAUGGUUAAAAAUUUAACAUAUAUUUUAGUUAAUUUUUUAUUGUAUUUUUUUAAUGUAUAAAGCAUUUACAUUUUAAAAAUUAUUGUCUAAACUUCUGUCAUCUGCCCUUGUGAUAUAGAAAAAUAGUUUGCAUUCAGGAAUAAGAUAUAUUAUUUGUAUGUUAAGAGGAAACAAUUGCAUAAGCCUGUAUUUUCAGCAUUCCUAUGAACAUGAGAGCUGUAUUCACUGCCCACUGAUAUGAUAUUGAUUGUAUUGAAAACAGAAUAUGAACAAAUGACAGUAUACGAAACAGUUAGAAUAUUCAAACAAUGAUAUUAAAUUUGUUAUAAAUGAUGUCUAUUAUGUACUAAAAGCAAAAAAAAAUAUCUGGAUAUUAUUUAUAACAAAUUUGACAUAUCACUUUAUAGAAACACAAUAGUCAGUUUUAUAGUGUAUUUUCUCAGCAUAAAAAUUGCUCACUAUUUAAACACAAUUAUACAUUAAUUUCAUUAAUAUAUUCCUCAUACCAUUUUAAUACUUAAAAUACAUAUAUAUGAUAUAUCAAUUUAUGACUGGUAAACUAUCUCAAUCAUUAUUCUUACACAAAUGGCUCAAAAAUCAGUCCAAAUAGUCAGUGCAGCCUUCAUUAUUGGCUCACAAUAAAAGUAAUUUAACACAAUUGAAAUAUCAAGUUAUGCACUAAAGUCACUUAGAGCAUUAUAGAAUCACUUUAAAUAAUUUAGACAAUUUCUGCAAAUUCUGAUGUUCUCUGAUUGUCUGGUCAUGAUGAUAUUUGGGAUAAUAUAUGCAAUAUUUAGAAUAUUUAGAUUUUUUUUUUCUUAGGGGAAAAUCUUAUCAAAUAAUAUAAACUUUUUAACUUCUAUAAAAUAAGAAUAUGUAUAAAAUGCUGCACUGAUACUUCAUAUGCUUACCUCUUACAAGAUAUAAAUAUCUAAAUAUGAUUACCUCAUUAUCAGGAUUCUAUAGUAAUGUAUACUAAUUGUUGACUAUUACAGUUCAGCAUAGCUUCUUAAUCUGUCCUAAAUUUGAGGAGUAUGAUUAAAAUACUUUCAGCUAUAUUAUCAUUAUUGCUAUGAGCUAUUUUUUAUAACCUCCAUUCUUAUACAAUACUCUGACUAUAAAUAGAGAGAUUAUUAUUAUUAUAGAAACUUUUUAUGAGUAUCACUGUAUAAAAUUUAAAGUUUCAACAAAUGAGUAUAUUGAUAAAAACAAUAUUUUGUAUAAAGAAAAAACUAACAAAAUUAUUCAUUACAUAAAUAUUUGAAUUAUUGUUGAACAAAAGUACUUUUGUUCUUUGUAUAGAACUUCAUCAGAAAUACAAAUACAGAGUGGAAUGUAUUAGAAAAUCUAAUUUGAAAUCUGUUAUAUUCCAUUUUAUGUUUGAUUUAAUGAAAUUCUACACAAAAGAAUGAAAGUCUCUAAUAAAUAUUUUAAGAACUAAUUAAAUCCUUUCUACAAAAUUAUUAUAACUAUUCCAUACUAAUCUAGCAUGCUAAAGUCUAAUUACUGUUGUACUUAUGACUUCAUGUUUUAUUUCACAAAAAAAAGUCUGAAAUUUUAUAUAUUUAUUAGUCUUUAUUAUUGUUUUCAAAUUAUAUUUGAACAAAUAAAUGGUAUUUUCAAUAAUAUAAACUGUAUUUUUAUAAAACAUUAGAAGUAUGACCAUUUUCCCACUUAUUCACAAAUUACAUAAUUAUGAAUUACUUAACGUGAAUAAAAAAUGAUUUUGCUUUAGAAUAAAAAUUUAACUAAAUUAUCAAAGAAGUAAUAUCAAUAAAAAUAUUUUCUGGAUUUUUUUUUAAUGCAUGAUGACCUAUAUAUUCCUGGCACAAACAAGUUCUUGAGGGAAAAUUUUUUUUGAUGAGAAAAUAAAAAUCUUUCAAAAACUCACUAGAAAAUCAUGUUUUCUCU